ACAUAUAUAUAUAUAUAUAUAUAUAUAGAACAAAUCAACUGCACUUUAUGCAAAACAUUUGUACCGCCUUUUCUUAGGCCAAGUCUAACUAUAAUUAAUUAAUUGCUUAAUUCCAAGUGUCUAAGGUAAACGUUCGUUCUGCUUAACUAUUUUGCAACAAGGAAUCAAAAACAAAAGAAAUAAGAAAACUAUUUAACGCAUACUCGAAACGGUAAACAUAGGCUUUAAAUAAGAAAUAUUAAGAAUUGCUAACACGAUUUAUGCUAUUUUGUUGCAUGUUAGGGUCAAGUUUUAGUUUAUUUUUUUAGCUUAAGUAUCUAGUUUUAUAUGUUGCAUGUUUUCUCUAGACAAUACAGCUUGAAUUCUACAAAAAAUCGAAAACUAUGUUAACUAUGGGCAACAGUUUCUUCAGAUACAUCAGUUAGAUAUAUAAACAUAUAUAUAUAUAUAUAUAUAGAUAUACAUUUACUUUGUUAAGCUUUGGCACUCACACAUUUGAUUUGCAGAGUCUUAGCUUAAGCAUAUAAAGAAAUGCAGCGAACAAAAGUCGAUUAAAGAAACAAUACGAAAACUAUCAAAACUAAUGCCCUUUUAUGUGCAUUAUAUAAUGUCGUACGUUAUUUAUAACAAUUUUCACCGCGCGAAUUUGCAAUUCAUUUGCGCGUUUGCUUCAUGAAUUUCAAUAAGUGGCACCGCAACAUUUCGAGCUAGUUAACUUUAAGAGCGGAGUCUUUUAAGCUUGCCAGUCGAUUGCGAAACAUGAAAGGGUCCACAAUUAGAGGCAGCAGCCAAGUUAAGAGUGACAGGAUGAUAAUGAUGACAGCAGCCCAAGCCAAACGCAGCUGUGGCCGUAUUUAUGGGCUGGCUUUCCCGUUGCUGCCGCUGCUGCUGUUGCUGCUUCUCCUCCUCCUCCUCCGCAUAGAUGGCGGUGUGGGCGGCAAGACAACGACCAUUGUACGUCAUACGGAUACAGUGGAGCCGCAUUUGGAUGGCUUCUGGACAAACAGGACCACCUGGAAUGCGCGCUGGGUGAAGUACUGGCGCGCCAAGCGCAUUUAUGAGCCUGUCUGGAAGAAAGUCUGGACGCCCACCAUACUCAAUGAGUGGGUGCCGCUGCCAAAUGCGCCGCCGCCGGAUGCCUGGCAACAGCCGGAGGAUAAACAGGAUAAACAGCAGCUGCACUCCAGCUAGACCUAGGAAAGACUGACUA